AAUCAAUGAAGCAUCUUUUUUUUUUUAAACUGUCACCCUUAGGGGCGAUCUUGCGGUGGUGCCGCGGGGGUCGCAGGAAUUAUCCAGCCUGCCUCCGCUACCGGAUGCGUGGACAACAGUGACCAGAGCCGGGCCAGCAGGCUUGUGCGUGGUUUGGGUGCUUUGCAGCACUCUUCAAGUUCUCUGUUCAUCUUUUCUUGCUAUAUUGCAUUGACAUUAUAAAAAUAUGAAGCAGUUAAAGAGAAAGAGGAAAAGCAAUUUUAGUGUUCAAGAAACGCAGACCCUUUUGAAAGAAAUUACCAAAAGGAAAGAAGUCAUUUUUUCCAAGCAGCUCAACACAACGAUAAACGUGAUGAAGCGCAUGGCCUGGGAGGAGAUCGCACAGUGCGUGAACGCCGUGGGAGAAGGUGAGCAGAGGACCGGGACCGAAGUGAAGAGGCGGUACCUGGACUGGAGAGCACUUAUGAAGAGGAAGAGGAUGAAGGCAAACAUUAAAUUGGUGGGUUCAGGGUUUCCCCUUCCCACGUCUGACUUAGACGACUCUCUCACUGAAGAGAUCGAUGAGAAGAUUGCCUUCCGAAAUGAUGCCAACUUUGACUGGCAGAAUGUGGCAGAUUUCAGAGAUGCAGGUGGAUCUUUAACAGAGGUCAAAGUGGAAGAGGAAGAAAGGGAUCCCCAAAGUCCUGAGUUUGAGAUUGAAGAGGAGGAAGAAAUGUUAUCAUCUGUCAUACCAGAUUCCAGGAGGGAAACGGAGCUUCCCGAUUUCCCCCACAUUGAUGAAUUUUUCACCCUUAAUUCAACACCAUCCAGAUCUGCUUAUGAUGAGCCCCAUGUGUUGGUCAACAUAGAGAAACAGAAACUAGAGGUGGAAAAACGCCGACUGGAUAUUGAGGCCGAAAGACUGCAGGUAGAAAAGGAACGCCUGCAAAUAGAGAAAGAGCGGCUGCGGCAUUUAGACCUGGAGCACGAGCGCCUUCAACUGGAGAAGGAGCGGCUGCAGAUCGAGAGGGAGAAGCUCCGGCUACAGAUCGUCAGUUCCGAGAAACCAUCUCUGGAAAGUGAACUUGGCCAAGGCGAAAAGUCCAUACUUCAGCCACAGGACAUAGAAACCGAGAAGUUGAAACUUGAGCGAGAGCGUCUGCAGCUGGAAAAGGAUCGGCUGCAGUUUUUGAAGUUUGAAUCGGAGAAGCUGCAGAUUGAAAAGGAACGCUUACAAGUGGAGAAAGAGAGACUUCGAAUUCAGAAGGAAGGACACUUGCAGUGAUUUUUUUUUUAGGUUUUCAUUUAACAAAUGUUUAUAAACUGUAGGUGUUUCUCCUAUCAGGUGACAUAGAGUGGUUGUUGGAUUAUCUGGUUUUUAUUUUUUCCUCCCUGUCUUACCGUCAGUGUUUUCAGUAGGGAAAAGAUAGUUUUGUGUGGGUAAUUGUAUGCUUAAGUAGUAGAUUAUAGAAGCACCCUGUGCCCAAGCAGAAACAGAAUAGCAGAAUAUUGCUGUGCUAAACUCUUUCCAUUAGUAAUAUUACACAUAGUCUUGUGCUAUCUGUACACCCAGAAUUUACAAUUAUGUCUAUGUAAGUUUCUAGUCUAGUGGUUCUCCAUGCCAAAAGACGUUUGCAAUGUCUGGAGGGCAUUUUGGUUGAGGGGGGGUGGCUUGUAACUGUCAUCUAGGACGUAGAGGCCACCGAUGCUACUAAACAUGUAAUGUGUAAUAUGUGGGUCACAUAGUGAAGAAUUGCACAACCAAAAUGUCAUUAGUGCUGAGUUUGAGGAACCCUAUCCUAGCCUAACUGUGCACCUCUAUAGCUAUGUUUUAUAGUUUUAGAAUAUUGAAAUCGCAGAUAUUUAUGUGGGUAGAUACUUAAAUGGCCAAAAAACUUUUAACUAUGAAACAUAACUGUGUAGUCUGUUAAAUAUAGGAACUGAUGAGGAUUAUAGCUAUUUUAUUCCCGUGUUUCCAUCUAUAAGUAGGCUGAGAUUCAGAAAAUAGCACAGGGAACAUAGAGAUUGCCUGAAGCGGGCCACUUUGAAGCGAAGUUCAUCUGUCGGUGCUUUACAAGCAGCACACAAUUUGGAAGCUUUAGUUCCCUUUCUUCUUUGAGCCUGUCGUCUUAGUUUUCAUAUAAAAGGUAUCAUUUCAGUCAUAUAUUGAAUUUCCUGUAAAAGAAUGACAGAGGGAAGUAGACAAUGUACCAGUAAGAAUGAUACCAGUAGUCAGUGAGCUCCAACCCACUGAGCGGUUGGUUGACUUUUAAAAUAAAGAAUAGCUCUUUGGGAGUGGGAGGUGGGUGAGAAUGAAGCACUGGUAGUAGCUCUGUUAUGGAAGCACUUGUCACACAGUAUUUACUCUAUCCUGUACAACAAUUCUUAAGAAUAGUGUUAUUCCUGAAUUUGAAGCUCAGAGAAGUCACACCAUGAGUAAAUGGUUGAUCUUUGGCAUUGCAGUGUAUAUUUGUCUUUGUACCUCCCUGAGGAACAAAGUUUGUGACGUCGGUCCCUUGAGAAUUCUGAAGCCAAGGGCUGGCUCAGCCUGGUGGUUUGCCCUUAGGUUGCUGAGGGCAGUUUCUCUCCAGGUGCAGUGAUUCUGAUGCACACUGAAGUUGAAAUGGCUGCACGAGUUCACUUUGUGUUUUCUGAUUUCCAGGGCUGAUAAGUAGCUUUAAUAUUUCUCUUGUCAUACUAUCUUGAUUCUGCGUUUGUUCCUUGUUAAUUUAAGAAUGGUUUGAAAUCAUGGUGAUAUUCAAGUAUGAGUAUGUAAAGGAAACUUCUGCUAACUUACCCUUGAUUUUGAAAUAGUGUUAUUUUUCUAUUACUACAAUAAAUGCUUCUACCAUAGAAAUAAAAUUUCCUAUACUGUC